AACAAAAAUGAGUUACAUUAUUCUUUUCCCACUUAUUCUCACAAACAUAAUCAUCUUUUUAUUAUUCAAUUCAUCUUCAGCUGCAAAUUCCAUGUACAAUGUCCAAACUUAUGGAGCCAACUCCGAUGGAAAAUCGGAUUCAUCCAACGCGUUCGUUAGUGCAUGGACUGCAGCGUGUGCAUCUACUAGCGCGGCCACUAUUUACGUCCCAAAGGGAAGUUAUCUAUUGAACAAUGUAUAUUUCUUUGGCCAAUCGUGCAAGAGUAAUGACAUAACGAUACAUAUUGAAGGCACACUUAUAGCUCCUUCUGAUUAUAACGUUAUUGGUAAAUCUGGUAACUGGAUUAAAUUUGAACGAGUCAAUGGAGUUUCCAUCGUUGGUGGAACACUAGAUGGACAAGGUACGCGUCUUUGGACGUGCAAAAACUCUGGCAAAGGUUGUCCCAAAGGAGCCACGACGUUAGCUUUUUACAAUUCAAAUGACAUUACAAUAAGUGGAUUGACUUCAAAAGACAGUCAAAUGUUCCACAUUUUGUUAGAUGGAUGUCAUAAUGCAAAGUUACAAGGAGUGAAGAUUUCAGCACCUGGAAAUAGUCCAAACACUGAUGGAAUUCAUUUACAAUCAUCUUCUGAUGUUACUAUCUUGAAUUCUCAAAUUGGGACUGGUGAUGAUUGUAUCUCAAUUGGUCCUGGAAACUCCAACUUGUGGUUUGAAAACAUUGCUUGUGGUCCCGGCCAUGGAAUAAGCAUUGGGAGCUUAGGUUGGGAGAUGCAAGAGGCAGGAGUACAAAAUGUGACAGUUAAAACAUCAUCAUUUACUGGGACUGAGAAUGGUGUGAGAGUCAAAACAUGGGCUAGGCCUAGCAAUGGCUUUGUUAGGAAUGUACUUUUUCAACAUGUAGUCAUGAAUAAUGUCCAAAAUCCCAUCAUCAUUGAUCAAAAUUACUGCCCUAAUAGUGGAAAUUGUCCUGAGCAGGGUUCAGGCAUCAAGGUUAGUGAUAUAACAUAUGAAGACGUACAUGGAACAUCAGCUACAGAAGUUGCAGUAAAAUUCGAUUGUAGCAAAACAAAUCCAUGUAAUGGAAUAAAAUUAUUGGAUGUUAAACUAAGUUAUAAGGAUCAUCCAUCUGAAGCUUCAUGUGUUAAUGCUGGAGGAAUGGCUUCUGGUCUACAACAACCUACUAGCUGCUUACAAAUUUGAAUAAAAUUAUAAGUAUUUAAAUUUAUAUUUACGUAGAACAUUAAAAUUAUAGUCGUAUAUUAUAGGAGUAUUUUUUUUAAAAAAAUGACAUUAGACUUGCUUGAGCCUAUGGCCUUGCAAGAUCAUUGUUCUAGUUCUUGAAUAUAUUGGACGUGAUCCAUUACAUUUAGUUAAUCUCAAA